AUGACCUCGCCGUCCAAUUCGGACGCCUACGGGCUGUCCCUCCCCUCACGGCGCGCCAACAUCACCGUCACACGCCGCACCUCGAUGCACUCGGACGAAGGCGAGGACUCUGUCGGUCCCCUCAGCCGCGACAGCUUGGAGGGUACACGGCGAUACUAUGGUGUCAGUUCGUCACCCAACCCAGACGCACAGGGCACUCCUCGCCAACGAACACUGAGUGUUGCGACCGGCUCACCACGUCCACUGUCACAGACGCCGUCAGACUCUAGCUUUUCCCUUCGAUCACCGCCGCGCGGCUCCGUGCCCCUUCCGACACCGCGUGGCUUCCUCGCCCCUCAAAAGCCUGCUGCAGCGCGUCGCCUAGAGCAACGCGAACGGUCCACCACCGUCAGCACAUCUGGCCGCGCGAGCACCGAUGUGCGCACCCCGGACCAGGGCGACAUGUCCACGCCUGGUGCUAGCGACUUUAGCCAUGGAGGUGCCGCGUCGCCGCUUUCAGGUCGUGCAUUUGUCCCCACGCCCAGUCCCGUACCGACGAUUAGCGGGACGCUGCCGGCUCCUGGCGUUCCAGUCGGACUGGGCAUAUCCAACAGCGGCGGUGGCGCAUCCACAUCUGCGUCGCCGGUCCCCAGUACGUCGGCGACGCCGCGCAAGUCGCGUGGUGUCGCUGCGUUGCCGCUGCAGACACCCACGAAGCCUGGCGACAGCGACCAUGGUCACGGCAGGUCGUGGGACCGCACGACCGAUACGUCGUCACCGAGCGCCGGACACCACCCAGACUUGUCGUCGGACCACCUCGUGGACCCCUUUGGCGCCGCGGCCGAAAAGGUGAUCAUGGGCCGUCCUCCGCGCCCGCCACCCAAGGCCAAGGGUUCGCCAUCCGAGCUCGCCAAGGCGCGCACGUACACCACGACUCGCCGGUACAAGGAGUUUGAGAACAAACAAGUGACCUGGUUCUUUGGCGGACGGAUGAUGACUGGCGGCGACUCGCCAUUGUCAUUUAUCAUCUCCAUCAUUCUCGUGCUUGGCAUUGCUGGCGUUUGGGUCGGGACCACGGGCGUGUGGCUGUGGAAGCACGGUACACAUUAUGGUCUCCCAAGCGGUGCAGGCAUCGCCAUCUGCAUCGUCUUUGUGUACAUGUUUGGCCUGGCCUUGUCGUCGAUGAUCGCUGGCUCGUUCCGCGAACCGGGCAUCCUGCCCCGAAACCUCGACCCGGACCCGCCCUACACUCCCGUGGACGUGUACUGGGAGGCCAACCCGCGCGAGAUCAUGGUCGGCAAGGACGGCAAGGACCGCGUCCAGGUCAAGUACUGCGAGACGUGCAAGUCGUACCGCCCACCGCGCUGCUCCCACUGUCGCCUCUGUGGCAACUGUGUCGAGGGCAUCGACCACCACUGCGCCUACCUGCACGGCUGUAUCGGCCGCCGCAACUACUUUGCAUUCAUGACCUUUGUCGUCUCGACGGCCCUGACCGACAUUUACAUUGUCGUCUUUUCCGCCAUCCACUUUUCCAUGCUGUGUCGCACCGACCACGUUUCGUUCAAGACGGCGCUCGGCCAGUCUCCCGGCGCCGCCGUUUCUUUCGCGCUGGGCAUCUGCACGCUCCCGCCCAUCCUGUUCUUGCUCUACUACCACAUCCGCCUGCUCCUGUUCAACCUCACGACCAUUGAGCAGAUCCGCGCCAGCGCAAGCUCCAACCUCUUCCGCGCAACCCAGCGCCCGUACAACCCCUUUGCACACGGAUCCAUCAUCCGAAACGUCGUCGUCGCGUCCAUCGGCAGGCCGCAGUUCCCCUCCUGGGUCGACGCGAACGGGUUCGUCGUCCAGGACCACCGCCGUGUCAACCCCGCACUCACCACACCCGAGAAGUAUCUCGACUUGGUCUAG